UGAUCGUGAUAGGACGUAAGUCUGGAACAGUUUAAUAAACGAACAACUCUACAUUUGGCGCAGCCGGUAGGAUCGAGAGGAAGAACGGAGGAACAAUUGAAGACAAGCAACAAAACACCAAUGAUGGAAUGAUUGUGGGACACAUCGAUAAAAUACCGGUAGAGUUCCUUAUCGAUUCAGGAGCAAUGAUAAAUACAAUAACAGAAAAAGUAUGGGAAAAAUUAAUUGGUAGCAGGGCCAAGGUAUUUAACAUGUAAACGUGCAUUUAUUCGAAAAGCUCAAAUGUCAAAGUUUGACAGUUGGUGUUGUGAUGCAACCUGGUGAAUUAUGAAAUAUAGAAUUCAAUUUCCGUUGAGAAGACAAAGGAGAAACACGCACAUUUCGGCGUCUUGUGUUAUUUAGUUUAUUUUUGGAAAGUUUACAACUCAGAAGUGGGAUUUACUCAUUAAAAUGCCUACAAAGGAUCAGAUGAUAUGUGUGUUAUCUGAUGCGGGUGUAGAAUACCCAGCUACUGCUACACUUGGCCAAAUCCGAAACCUAUACGAAGCCGUGAUGCCGGCGAAAACUGAAGAAAUCGAAAUGGAUUCGGGGAAUACGAAGAAAACACCAUCAAACGUUAGUGAAGAAAAACGGGCCGAGGACAACAGUGUGGCAAAUAUCGCACUUCAAGAAAAAAUAGAUCAGCUAGAGCUAGAGAAAAAGCUGCUGGUCUUACAAAAGGAAGUUUCGGAGAUGAAACUACAGAGCAAAGCAGAGAAAAACGAACCUGAUUUUAAGACGAUUGAAAGUUUGGUUCCCCCGUUCAGCGGACAAAAUGGCGUUGAUAUUGUGAUGUGGUUCGAAGAACUGGAAAGAGUUUUUGGAUUGCUCAGCGUUGACGAAAAACAGAAGCUGGUAACAACUCUUCGACUGCUUUCUGGGACAGCUCAAGAAAUUGCUCGUUCGUCGGGACUAUUCGACUACAGCUCUCUGAAACAAACGCUCAUCGACACUUUUCAACAAACAUACUCUGUUGAAAGUGUGUAUCACCAGUUACGUUGCCGCCGCCUGUCUACAUCAGAAUCGAUCAUCAAAUACUUCAUCGAUAUGAAGAGCAUUGCUAGAAAAGCAAAAAUCCCUGAAGGUGAACUGAUUGACAUCAUUAUCGAAGGAAUAGAUGAUCCGGUCAAUACUGCCGCUAUGCGUUUCGCCGCUCGUCGAAUGGAUGAUCUCCUACCUAUGCUAAAGAGAUAUGAAGAAAUACGAUCACGCCAUCCACCACCAUCUGCACCAACGGAUAAACGAUAUGUUCGCAACGCAUCGGGUAACAGCGAGCAAAUAAAGUGCUACAACUGUCUGCAGCUAGGGCAUUAUCAGAGUCAAUGUCAACGACCUCAACGUCCCUAUGGAUCGUGCCUUCGGUGUUCACAGACGGGCCAUUCACAUCGAGAAUGUCCAAGCCGUAGUAAAAUACCAGCCGCCGCUGUUAAUCCAACAAACGAGAACUCGGGCUUUUUACAACAAAUUCAAGCCAUGCAGGAGGAAGCCCCAGAAGUUUUAUAAAUGAAAAUUUGGUUCCUCCAUGCCUCUUGAAACAACCGGAAAAUUCAGGAUAUUGCGGUUUAGGUAACAGUGCGCUACUAUCGCUUGGACAAACUGAUUGUCGAAUUAAACAUCAAAAGAAUGAAAUAAUACAUGAGUUUAUUAUCUUACCGAAAAA